AUGACCGGUGGUGUUCCGAUUCCAAACGAUUCCUACAAGUUAGGGUUCAUCGGAGCUGGCAAAAUGGCCGAGAGUAUUGCCCGAGGCGUCGUCAAAUCCGGAGAAUUACCUGCUUCACGAAUUCAAACUGCCCAUCUCAAUCCGGGUCGCCGAACUGCUUUCGAGUCCUUAGGCGUCAAAGUUCACGAUCACAAUAAUCAGGUAGUUGAAGACAGCGAUGUUGUCAUCUUCUCUGUGAAACCUCAAAUUGCUCAAGGUCAGGUGCAGGAGACGCAGCCCCUCAACUUUGUCUUGGUGAAGUCACUUCGCCUUAGGCCCAAUAAGGCACUUCAGUUGAAGCCACUAUUUUCCAAAAAGCAGCUUCUUGUGUCAGUUGUUGCAGGAGUUAAAUUAAAAGAUCUACAGGAAUGGGCUGGUCACAGCCGAUUUAUUAGGGUAUUGCCAAAUACUCCUGCUGCGGUAGGCGAGGCAGCAUCUGUUAUGAGCUUGGGGGCAGCUGCAACAGAAGAAGAUGGGAAACUUAUUGCUGGUUUAUUUGGAGCUAUUGGCAAGCUAUGGAAAGCUGAUGAGAAACUGUUUGAUGCAAUUACUGGUCUGAGUGGCAGCGGGCCGGCAUAUAUAUAUUUAGCAAUAGAAGCUCUGGCUGAUGGAGGGGUAGCUGCAGGUCUACCACGUGAACUUGCACUUGGUCUAGCUUCUCAAACGGUACUAGGGGCAGCAUCCAUGACAACUAACUUAGGGAAGCAUCCAGGUCAGCUCAAAGAUGAUGUUGCAUCACCUGGUGGGACAACCAUUGCCGGUAUUCAUGAAUUGGAGAAGGGUGGAUUUCGGGGGAUCUUGAUGAAUGCUGUUGUUGCUGCAGCAAAGCGCAGUCGCGAACUUUCCUAA